CACAAGAAGGAAAAAGAUUUACCUUCCCAAAAAAAAAAAAUUACUAGUACCUUCCAAAACAAAGGCAAAAGAUUUCUCACCUCAUAGAUCAUAAAUUCACAAUCAUCUCCACCAUUAAAAGACUGCUCACUUCUACGUGUUUCUUUUAUGCAUCGGCACUAUUAGGAACGGCGCUUUUUAUGUGUAGUCCACAGUAAAGACAUAUAUUUCACAUUUUUCAUAGCCAUUCACAGCUUCGUACCUCCGAUCACUCUCUGUGCAUCAAUCAAUGGCUAGUAAUGGUGGUAAUUCUGCAGCAAACGACGCCGUAGAGCUGGAAUUCAUGCGCAGAGAGGACUCCUCUUGGCACCCUUGCCAUGUCUCUCUAAGCUCUAGUGGUCUUAUUGUAGACUAUGGGGGCAAUGACUCAGAAGAUAUGAUAGUGGAUAAAGAAGAAGCAUUUGCGCGACUUCGUGUUCGUUCUGUUCCUUUACAAGGUGAUGAUUGUUCUUUCAUCCAGGAAGGUGAGCAUGUACUUGCCAACCAAAAGUCACAAUCUAAGAAUCUAUUCUUUGAUGCUGAAGUAGAAAAGGUACUAAGGGUAAGACACUCAAAGAAAGUCUACUGUCGAUGUACUUUCUUGAUCAAAUGGCUUCACCAAGACCUUAAAGGAGGAACCUCGACUGUUUCAUCCAGCUCAAUCAUGAAACUGGCUGCAAAAAGUGUCAAUAUUCAUCCAACUGUUUCUGCAUUUUUGAAUUCUGUGAAAACCUCGAGUUGUUCUGGCACAUUUUCAGCAACAACCAUUCUUGAAGACAGUGACUGUGAAAUGGAUCUUCAUGAAUUCUUGGAAAAGCAAAUAAAGGAGAUAAGCAGUUCUGCUUAUGCUUCCAAUACGGAGAUUUCAAAGGACAUUUUGUUGGGUGUUGAAGUUGGUACCAAAGGACAAAUUCAGUGCACACCUGUUGCCACAUCCAAAGUAAACAAGCCAGAUGUUAAAAUUCCUCCCGACCCCAAUCACUUGAAGAGGUCUACGCGUAGUAGGAGCAAAGCGCAAACUGAGAAGGAAGUCAAGGAUCCACCACCCAUUCAAGGAGAACUGUCAGGAAGUAGGUCUUCUCUAAAUCCUCUAGCUGCUCGUGCAGCUCUUGCUUCAUUAAUGUCAAAAUCACCUCAAAAUCUUGAAUUUUCAAUCUACUAUGAGGGAGAAAAGGGACGCAACUACUCAUCGGAUGAUAAUGCUCAUAAGCAUGUGGCUAUGCAUUCAUUAAAUGGGAUUAAAUCUUACAAUUCUCCUAUUGGGAACAGCUUGUCUAUGACAGAUAAGCACUUCUUGGAGACAUCAGCUGCUUCAGUUCCAUUUGUUCCGGACUCCAACAAAGUCGUGAAAUCGCUAUUCUCUACCUGGACUGCUUCAGGAAAGCCUCAACUCGUGGAUGCAUCUGCUGGAACACUGACCAAGGCUUGCGAAAAUGAAAAUAAGACCUCAGAAAUCACUGAUGCUAUUGCAAGUUUUACAUGUUCGAUAGCAGAGAGGAAAUUAGAUCAGCCUAAUAAAGCUACCAGACUUACUCGCUCAGCAAUAAAGAGAGGUACUGGGAUUCAGAAUGACAAUACUGAGAGGAAGACCUGUGUUGAAGAGAUGGAAUUACAAUCUUCAACCAACACAAGAAGGUUUACUCGCUCUACAGUUUAUAGAGAAAAGGAAAGUCAAACUAUGGAAUCUAAAAAAGGAAUAAAAGAAAUGAUAUCAGCUAAGUACACUGAGUCAGACUUUGCUGACAAAAAUGUUGCAGUCCUAGAAGGCUCUGUAUUGAAAGAGGAGAAAUCAAUAGCUUCAUUUGAUGCUGAGAUUGAGCUACUCCCUACUGAGGAAUGUAGCAGCAUAGUAAAGAAAGAGAAAGGGAAUAAGAAGCAUGUUGAUGAAAGGAGCAGCACUGAUGCGCUAAAGUUAAGGAAUUCAACCAGCACAAGAAGGUUGACUCGUUCAGCAGUUCAUGAAGGGAAAUGGGAAAAAGUUAUGGAAGCUGAAGAAGGAUUGAAAAAGGAUGAAUUAGCUCAAAAUACAAAGUCAAAUUCCUCUGAACCUUCUUCAGCUCAAAAUACGAAGUCAAAUUCCUCUGAAGGAAAUGCUAGUGGCCAUUACCAUAAUGUAUUGGAAACAAAAGAACCGGACUCUUCACCACUGCUUGCUGAGGAAAGGAAUAAGAAAGGGAAGAUCUCCGGUGCUGUCAAAACCACUCCAAAAACUGAAGGGAAAGUUGCGGGCAGUGAUGAAAGAAACCAAGGCGUGAAGAGGAAAUCUUGUACUUCAAAGAAGCAGGAGUUGCGCUCUUCUUCCCGACUUAAGUUUCUCCCUCGGACUCGCUCACAGAACAAGUCUUAGCUUGGGAAGGAUAGGAAACAUGAUCAACCAGGCCCUGUAAGUGUGCAAUGCAACUAAGCUACUUUCGAGACCUAGAAAAAUGAUAUGGUGAUAAUCCACAAGGCCAGUAAUGUUGGUUCAAGUCUGUGUCAUCAACCUUUAAGUUGUUUUACUGUUUGAUUGAUAGUUUGUCUCCAUUUUCACCAAACUAUACCAUGUUAUCUAUCUGUCUGUUUAAAGAAGUUAAUGUCACGUGUAGGCAAUAUGUCUCAGUAAGAUUCAUCCUUACACAAUCUAAUUGAUAAAUUAGAUUUUGUUCUUUGUUUU